AUGGCAACCCAAUCGGUGAGCUUGUCCACCGUGCUUCUCAAAUCACUGAGCCUAAUGAUCUCUCAUUGCUCAGUCCACUUCUUCUUGUUGCUCGUUCCCCACGCUUUCAAGCUCUCCACAGUUUUCUACCCAGCUUUGCUUAAAGCCGUCGCCAAACCAGUCCGCCAGAUACUAUUUCUCACAACUCCUCCUCCUCCUCCUCCUACUACUUCUCAGCCUCAAAAUACCCAAUCCGCCAUUUUUGGUUUGGUCGUCUUCCUGGCUUUAGACAUCAUCCCCUAUCUCUGCGUUGUGGGAUCCGCCACCAACAGCGCGCUUCGCGGGCUCCAUGGCCUACCCGCCGCUGUGAACUCCGGCAUGUCUUGGGUUCUUCCUCUGGUGUUCACACGCGUGCUUUCCCUGAUGCAGAUUGCGUCUUCCUCCUCACUGUUCCGGCUGUUGCUGGAUUUGAUGGUCCCUGUUAUUGGCCCCUAUUUCACUGCGUUCUUGGGUUUGUUUUUUCUGAUGGUCUUACAGAACCGUGACUUGAUGUGGAGCCUAGCUCCGGCCGUGGUGGUGGCAGAGUCGAAAUUGGGUCAGGAUGCCCUAGAGAGGAGCAGCGGGCUGGUAAGACAAAGGGGGCUGAAAAGAGUGGUGUGGUGUUUAAUGGGGUUUUAUGUGUUUGCCACUUGGGGGUUGGGGAUUUUGUGGAUGAAGUCGGAGGGGUCAGCUAGUUUACUGCGGAGUUGGGCAUUGGGCCUCCUUGCUUCAUUCUUGCUUCUGUGGCACACGGUGGCAGUCACUGUGUUGUAUUGCAUAGCUUGUGAGGGUGAAGAAGAGGCUGAUGGCGAUGUGAAGUUGCCAAUUGAAGAUGAUGAUUAG